AUGGCGUUCCCACAAGUCCCCAAGGACUUGUUCCAGAGCCUGGGGCUCGAGGAGCUUUCAAUGACAAUAUGGAUCAAUUUGACUUUCCUGGCUGGAGUCCUCAUCUGGUGGACUUAUAACCUUUUCUUCCACCCGCUGGCCUCAUACCCAGGUCCUUUCCUGGCCCGGGUUUCAUGGAUUUAUCAUGCCAUUCAUACGUACAGGGGAACGCUGGCAGAGAACACCAAGCGUCUACAUGAUCGAUAUGGCGAAGUGGUGAGAAUUGCACCUAACAUUUUGUCUUUGAACGAUGGACAGGCAUGGGAAGAUAUCUAUGGGAGAGGACAUGGGAAUGCCUAUGCAUUUGUCAAGGAUCCGGGCAAAGAGUUUAGACUGCCUAACUCUCCGCCAUCCAUUGGAUUUGCUCCCGAGAAGGAUCACCGUCGGUACCGACGCAUUCUUUCUUACGCCUUUUCUGAAAAGUCCAUCACCGAGCACGAGCCGCUCGUUUUGAAACAUGUCGAUUCCUUGAUGAGCAGUCUUCAUCAACAAGUCAAUUUAUCUCAGGGAUCGUUCAUCAAUAUUGAGAAAAGUAUGACCGCAAUCAUGUUCGAUCUCACCACGGAUCUCUCCUUCGGACAGUCCUUCGGCAGUGUCAAUUCACCGAACAUAAGCCAUCCAUGGAUGAGCCUGGUGACCAGCUCUUUGAAGGGAGUUAGUGUCUAUUGUGCGAUGCGUCGGCUGCUGCCCCAUGGGCUAUGGCCGUUUGUCGACCAAAUAAUGGGCAAAGCUCCCUCGGGCUCGAAGAUAGAAGCAUUGAAUUUUGCGAAGCAGGUGGUUGGGAAACGGCUCCAGAAUGUCGUAGACCACAACGAUUUCAUGACAUACAUGAUCGAAUCCCACGGUGUACCGGAUGGAUUGAGUCGUCGCGAAAUUGAACGACUUGCUCUGAGUUUGGUGAUUGCAGGGAGUGACACUACAUCCACGCUUCUCUGCAACACCAUAUAUCGCUUGAGCCAGCAUCCCCAAGUUCUCCAAGAACUUCUGCAGCAAAUCCAAGAGACAGCCCCAUCCUCAUCGGAGAUCACUUUCUCUGCUGUGAAAAAGAUGCCGUAUCUAACCGCAGUCCUCGAAGAAUGUCUCCGCAUGCUGCCCCCAGUCCCAAACGUCUUCCCUCGAGUAGUACCUCGCGAAGGCGUGACUAUCUGUGGCCAUUUUGUCCCAGGGGGCUCCAUCGUUGGGGUGAGCCAGCUCUCGGCGAACAUGUCCAGUAAACACUUUUCCCAGCCUGCGGAAUUCUUGCCGACUCGCUGGCUGGGCAGGGAAGAGUUCCAUCACGAUAAUCGGCGAGCGAGGAAGCCAUUCAGUUAUGGCCCGAGGAAUUGUGCGGGACAGAAUGCUGCAUACAUGCAUUCCAAGAUCAUCAUUGCUCGUCUGGUCUCCGAGUUUGAUAUCUCGCUUGACCCAACAUGCUUGGACUGGCCGCAGCGAUGCAAAUCUUACGAUACCGUGGAGAAGCCACCGCUCUAUUUGAAAUUGUUCCCACGUCCGAAUGGAACGGAGAAGUGA